AUGCCAUCGUCCACACAGGACUACCACGUCAAUAGCCAGUUUCGGAUGGGCGGGAGCCCGCAAGCAGCGGUCGCGCCGGCGACUCCGCGGAUGAUGGGGAAGGCGGGCGAGGAGGAGCGGCGGAUGCCGAAGCCGUUCCACCGGAAGUCGCUGGGGGACUGGGACUUUUUGGAGACGGUAGGCGCGGGGUCGAUGGGGAAGGUGAAGCUGGCAAAGCACCGGUACACAAACGAGCUGUGCGCGAUCAAGAUUGUGAACCGCGCGACGAAGUCGUUCAUGCAUAAGCAGCAGCUGCAGGGGCUGCCGCCGCCGGCGACGGAGGAGGAGCUGCUCGAGCGGCGCAAAAAACUGGAGAAGGAGGUGUCGCGGGACAAGCGGACGAUCCGGGAGGCGUCGCUGGGGCAGAUCCUAUACCACCCGCACAUCUGCCGGCUUUUCGAGAUGUGCACCAUGAGCAACCACUUCUACAUGCUGUUCGAGUACGUGUCGGGGGGGCAGCUGCUGGACUACAUCAUCCAGCAUGGCUCGCUGCGGGAGCGCCACGCGCGGAAGUUUGCGCGGGGGAUUGCGUCUGCGCUGCAGUAUCUGCAUUUGAACAACAUAGUGCACAGGGACCUGAAGAUCGAGAACAUCAUGAUUUCUUCCUCGGGUGAGAUACGGAUAAUUGACUUCGGGCUGUCGAACAUGUACGACCCCAAGAAGCAAUUGCAUACUUUCUGCGGGUCCCUGUACUUCGCUGCCCCGGAGCUGUUGAAGGCGCACCCCUACACCGGGCCAGAAGUCGAUAUAUGGUCGUUUGGUGUUGUGCUCUAUGUUCUCGUGUGCGGGAAGGUGCCGUUUGACGAUGAGAAUGCCAGCGUUCUGCAUGAGAAGAUAAAACAGGGCAAGGUGGAGUACCCCCAGCACUUGUCCAUCGAUGUUAUUUCGCUACUGUCCAAGAUGUUGGUAGUUGAUCCGUACAAGAGGGCCACCCUGAAGCAGGUGGUGCACCACCAGUGGAUGCAGAAAGGCUACGAUUUUCCGCCUCCGUCGUAUCUACCGCCAUGUGUACCCCUCACGCCGGAUCGUAUCAACAUGGAUAUCAUUACCGAGAUGUACAGGUUGGAACUGAUUCACGACGUUGCAGAAACAGCCCAAUGGUUGGAGAAGAUCAUAACUUCUCCUGAGUAUUUGGAGCUUUCGAGACAAUAUUGGGAGAACGCUGCUAACAUGAAGCCAGAGGACGCUCCGAUCAGGGGCUAUAGCCCAUUGUUAUCCAUGUACCACCUGGUGGAUGAAAUGCUUAAGCGGAAGCGUUCAAAGAUGCAAAAGAGAGGGCAAGCAUCUGCUCAAACGCCUGCGACUGCGGGUGCCAAUUCAGGUCUUCCUUCGUCCGCCGCUUUAAUAUCUGCUGACACUACCUCUGCCGGUUCGUAUGCAUCAACGGCCGCCGGACCGCAAAAGUUGGCAGCAGCGGUAACUCCAGAGAACUCAGAUCGGAUGUCUGGUCCACAUGUUCUAGUCUCGCAAUUGGACUCGGAGAAAAGUAGAACAUUACAGCCUGCGGUCUCGCCACAUGACGAAACAUCCUCGACAUAUAUCACAGUUACGACCCCAUCCAAACAGAAGCAAAACGUACUUGUUCCGCCUAGGUUGGCUAUACCUGAACAGGCACAUACCACCACUCCAAGAAAAGCAAUAAAUGUUGAUGGAGAGAUUGAUCAGAAGGUCCUGUCACCGACUCCUCAGUCUCACGACUUCGAGACCAGCAACAAAUACUCAACUACUAGUAAUGCUACCCAUUCCGCAGCAGUUUCUGCUGGCUCAACAGAAAAGCAAAACUUUGGUUCCUUAUUUAGGAGAUUUUCCCAACGUCAUCGGCACACUACCUCGCAAGGUGGGUCCCAGUGCGCCUAUCAUCCAGAAGUUAAUACUCUGCAGUCAUCUGCUCAGUACCAGACCUCUAAGACCAGCACCCAAGCUGCAAAGACGAAAACCCACACGCGUACAGUAUCAGAAUAUACCCCGGCAUCCAAAUAUGCGAAUAUGGGUCCCCCCGCGGCUGCUGAUAGUACGAGGAGUACUACUAACUACUUAGAGGCACGAUCGCCACUGCCUGCACUCCCAGUGAACGCCGAAUCUCUGGUUAAGGAACAACAAAGAUUGCAGGACAAUUUACAAGGGCUGGACAUUUCUGGUGGUGGCCAGUCAUCUCAUGCAAACAAUAAUAGGAACAGUACUAGCUCGUAUAAUAAUAACGGUCCAGAAGUUAUUGAUGAGGACAAACCAUUGAGGCAAUUGAGUGUUCCUAAGGGCAGAAAGCUACACCCUUCGGCUAGAGCCAAGUCCGUUGGCCAUGCUCGUCGCGAAUCGUUGAAGUUUAUGCGACCAGCGAUUGCAAGCCAGCUAUCGCCGCAGGACAUCAAUGAUGAAGGCUUCUUGGAACAGGGUAGUGAUACGGAAUCUGAAAAUAUAUUUGGUGGAUCAUCCAGUGGUGCUGUAGCCAGUGUGGAUGAGGAGUUGACCGAUAAGCAAAUUUUGGAAUUGGCAGCUAGGGCUCCGCCUGGGUCAAUGCCAUCUAUCGACUAUCCACGUUCUUUGUUUUUAAAAGGGUUCUUCUCGGUACAGACGACGUCUUCCAAGCCCUUGCCUAUCGUUAGAUAUAAAAUCAUAUCGACGUUAAAGAAGUUGAAUAUUGAAUUUAAAGAAGUCAAGGGAGGCUUCGUGUGUGUUCAUAGACAAUCUUACAUGACCAACAGGGCUUCUCCAACUCAGCCAAACAUUUUUGUUACAGAUUCAACUUCCAUAACCUCGAGUACCAAUGGAACAGCUUCUUCAACACAUAGAAGACAACUAUCGGUACCUUCACGCCAUAAUUCUCUCAGGCGCCAACAACAAGCCGGCGCCAACAACUUGGGCACGAGUAUGCACGAGAGAACAUCGUCUACUGCGUCUCAUUCAAUUGCAGGUAGCGGCUGCAUUACGGAGGAAUUAUCCACUGCAUCUUUGGAGUCGUUACACGGAGACGAUAUUUUGACAACUUCGAAGGCUCAACACAUGAAUACGAAAGACUUGGAGAUGCAGCUACAAAAGGAAAGACCCCCUCUAAAGUUUGAGAUCCACAUUGUCAAGGUGCGUAUCGUUGGUUUGGCGGGCGUCCAUUUUAAAAAGGUCUCUGGAAAUACCUGGAUGUACAAAGAAUUGGCUUCGCAUAUUUUAAAGGAAUUGAAUUUGUGA